AUUUGGUUCUGUGACAGGCGGGUAACAACUAGUUCUAUCUAGCAGAAGAAAAUACAAUGAAUUUACAUUAAAUAAUAUUUAGUUUCUGCUGUAAUGGUGAUCAGUGGAAGUCUACAGAGAAGAUCGUUUACGAUAAAUGCGUUCAGAUUAUAAUAUUAAAAAGGCCUUUGUCUCCAUCUGCUGGUUACCGAAGGAAAUUCCUGAACAACGUCACACCAGAAUAAACAAUUGAAUCGAGUCACCACUUUAAUACUAUUACAGCAAGGUGCACAAACAUUUUAACUUGACCUUACUUUUUCUUUGCUUUUAAAUAUUUACUUUACACACAAAUCAAAGAGAAUUCAGAGAACAAAACAAGACUAAACUGUAGGAUCCUGAGUGUUUUACACUUACAACACGAAUAGAACAAGAAGUGGUAAUAGAAAUGCAUAUGCAGGAUACAUCAGUGAUUUAAUCACUGUUAAGGCCGUAUGCGACUGCCAGUAAACAGGAUGCAGAAACAGUUAUCCAAUUGUGGAAUGCUUAAACAGAGAUUUGAAAGGACACCAACCUUGAGCACGCCAAAACACAGUAUUAGGAAGAUGCUCAGAGAAAAUGGAAUAUGGAGGCUGAAAAUUGUCACAACUAGAACUGUUGUCAAUGUCCAUCUGUGACAUCUGUAAAAGAUGUGAGCCUAACCUUUAUUUUCUCAUAUCAAGCACUUCUUCAAACUACUUUGCAACAACUUACUUUUCUUAAAGUGUACAAACACAUUAAAAUAAUUAUUAUCACAAUGACAAUCAUCCAUUUAAUCUGUAAUAAUUAUCCAUGUAGGCAGAGAGGAUUUCAAAACCAAAGAAAUAAUGAGAAAGUUCCUUAGAAGAAAGUGAAGUGGACUCGAUUUAGUAGCUUUCUAAUUUAUAAAAAUUAGUUCAUACCAAGAGAAAACCUUUAAUUAUUGAACUUGAACACAUCCAAAUAAUCCAUACUAACAAUGAUAAACACGAGGAUUCAAAACUUUAAAUCAGGUUCUUUCAUUUAAAGGAUCUUCAUCGUUUUGGCUCUUUUUAUGUGAAAUUGAACAUUGAGCCUGAGCCGCACAGAUCAGCUGUGGUAAGUGAUAUUGCCUUACAUCACAAUGUUAGACUCCUUAUGAGAAGUCACUGGAGACAAGACAGUGAAUUGUCACUGCAGCUUCACAACAACUCCAUGUCUGUUCACAGUGGUGGAAUGCUGAUCAUCAGGUUCUGUUGGAUACCCACGACUGAAGUUCAGGUUCACAACCUCUACACUCCACCGAUCUGACAGAAAAGAUCAAACACAAAGAUUUCCACAAGUCAAAGCAGAAAGUGUAGUUAAGUGUAGUUAAUGUGGUUCAUCUGUAAAUCAUGUUCCUCUGCCUUCAGUAAUGGUGGGGAUCAGGGCAGUGUUGGGGUGUGUGAGACAAAACGUGAGAUGAUUGUUUGGAGAGUUUUUUUAAGUGGGAUUUUAACCAUGACACAUUAUAUUGAAACUUUGUUCCAUUUCAGAUUGAUCCAAAUGUGUGAGUGUGUUGUUGGUAUGUUAAUGCUGCUGUUAUGCAGUAUGUCCUUUCGGUUCAUUUAAGCAUGAUUGACGUGCAUACCGAGAUUUUUUUGGGGAGGCGGGGUUUCUAAGGUGUGGGUAUUGCAGGUGUGUCAACCAGGAUAGGAUAUAGAAGGGGUGUGUGGCCCAAAACGUUUGUCUCAAACAAAGAAAUGUGCCACACGUUUGAAAAUGUGAUUCAUUGCGGUUAAUACUAACUUUAAGGUAUAACUGCUUACUGUCUGUGCAAAACAACCUGCACUACUAUAUUUGGCUUUAAGCUGAUCAGUCAGAGGUGUAAAAGAUAAUAAACCAAGAGCAAGAAAACGGUCCUCGUCACACAGUCAUAUCCUUACAUCACUGCACUGAGACCCCAGACCAGAACCCUCAUGCUGUCAGGGACAGAUUUACUCAGUGCUCCCAUGGUCAGAACCGACCCUGGUAAAGCUGCGAUUGGGUUCUAUGGUCCUCAGCUGUGGAACAACCUCCCUGAACACCUGUGUGUGCACAUGCUCUCAGCUUACUAAAAGAUGGGGUUGUUCUGCUUGUUUAAAUGGUUUUAAAUCCGUCUUGGAGACGGAGGCUGAGUGGGAGUAAAUGCCCUGAGACUUAUUUUUAUUUUUCACAUCAGGGAUAAAUAAGGGAGGGUAAACAGAUCGGAACAGACGAAAAACUUUUAUUAGCUUAGUUUGAAAUUGUUUGAUAUAGGUUUAUAGGGUAAUAUAGGAUCGGGCUUAGGCCAGAUCCCUUGUGUAAAUCUAGGUAUACCUGGAACCCAUCAGUCACUUUGACAGCACACCUCAGCGCAGCCACACUGUUCUCAUCAACAGUCUCGUACUACAUCCUAUUAUCUGGUCUCUCAAGCAUAAAAAGACACAGGUAAAUAUUGUGGUUAAUAAAUUAGCUAUGUUCUCAACUGCACUUUCUGUGUAUUAGAUGAAAAAAAACAAAAAACAAAAAACAGAAUGGAUGUCUGCUGCUUUAGUUUAUUUUGGAAACAGUGAUGGGUUACCACUUUUACCUGUGAUUCUCUGUAAUUUUGUACAUAUCCUCUUCCCACUGUCUCUACUGUAUGUCGGUUGGUGACCUCAAUGCCGGGACUGUCAAGUGUCAUAAAUUCACUCUUUUGGCUUCCUUACAGAGGGUGAAGGUGAAAAACAACAACAGCAAAGAAACGGGGCAACCAUGAGGGUUUCCCUGUGGUCUGUUGACAGUCAAUAGGAGACGUUUGCAUAUGUGACUGCAAUUUGUGUACAUGGCACCAGCUGCCCUCAUUUACAGUAGGUGGAUUUGAACACAUGCAGAACCGUACUCAUGUGCCAUAAUUUCUACCUGCAAUUAAUCACAUUUUUGCAGAAAUCUGUCAGAUCUUUUUUGUUGCGGGGUCAUUAGUGCGUUACCAAUGUUUGAACUCUCAGUGGGGCAUAUUCCAUUCACAGGUCAGUAAAUUCCCAAAAUGAACCCUUACAGCCACUCAUUUUAACAGUCAUAUAUACAUAUAAAUAAAUGGAAGAGCCUUCUGAUAAAUUCUGUAUAUAUAUACAGUAUAUGUAUAUACUGUAUAUAUAGCAACUUUAUCUUUAGCUGUUUCUUAAACAUUAAACUAAACAUAACAUUAAACUACUUAGUUUAAAGGUUAAAAUUGAUUUAACCUUUGGCAUUUCUAUUUAUCUUGAAAUAAGAAAACCAAUACAUUUGACUAAAUUUGUCCAAAACUGGUUGACACUGACAAUUUUAAACAACAGUUAUAGUCUAAGUAUCACAGGAGAAGCAAUUGGCCCUGGGGCAUUGAAACAAUAGGAAAUCAGCCCUCAUUUGAAACACCCCUGCUUCACGGAGUGUGGAACUGUGGAACUAGUGCAGACGAGUUCUCUGAAUUUCUCCAAAAACUGUUGUGUGUGGGGUAUUUUCACCAACAACAGGAGCCCAUAUGCUGAUCUCAAUACCUUGCAGCACUGAGGAGCAGGCCUCUUGGAAAGGAAUGUUGUCCGCCUCACGUUAAUGGAUCCACCUCCUGUCACUCACAUAAAUAUUACUGGUCCGCUGGUUUCCUUGUUUGCUCGGUAUUUCAGCAGUUCUCACAGCAGACUCAGCCCUGGUUUUUCUUAAACGGCGACAAUGGGCGGGAGAUUGUAACGAGGAGAAUCACGACACAAGAAAAAAAAAAGAAACCAAGCUACUGCUGUCAGCAUGUCUUUGUGGAAACCAGAGGAGCAGCUUGCCUUGGAGCUGAGCUGCUCCAUCUGCCUCCAGCUCUACUCUGACCCGGUGGUUCUCCCCUGUGGACACAACUACUGUCGAUCCUGCAUAUUCAAGACGACAGACACUGCUGAUAAAACUGGUAAAAUUCUUCCGCGUUGCCCAGAUUGUCGUGAGGAGUUUAAGGGUGUGGACAGCCUACAGAGAAACUUCAAACUCUGCAACAUCAUCGAAGGCUACCAGGCUGCCAUACUGCUCUUCAGAAGACAGAGUGACACGAAGCCUGUAAAGAUGGAGGUUUUCUGUGACCACUGCAUUGACGAUGAGUCUCCAGCCGUGAAGACCUGCCUGAAGUGUGAAGUGUCUCUGUGCUCCAGGCACUUACACAAACACCAGGAGAAGGAGUCGUUUAAGGUGCACCCGCUGGUGGAGCCCGUGGUCGAUUUGGGAAUGAUGAGCUGCUCUGUCCACCAGCGUCCACUCGAGUACUUUUGCUCCAAUGACAUGACCUCACUGUGUGGCACCUGCUUCCUUGAGGGGCAACACCAGAACCAUGAUGUUCUCACCUACAGUGUGGCAGAAGAAGAGAUGAGACGAGCACUGGAGUGUCGCACCAAGGUGGUUUCCUGCAAGCUCCACAUCACUGAGAGCCUCCUGCAGAAGACGGCUGAGGAGCAGGGAGCCUCGGAGGACAUAGGUGACAAACUGAUCAACAAGGCAGUCUCACUGGUGGACAACAUGGCUGCACUGGUGGACAGGUUCAGGGAGCGUCUGUAUGUGCUCCUGGAGGAGGAGAAAGGUCAGCGCCGAAAAAGCUGGCAGCUCGGCGUGAGUGCACUGGAAGAACACCAGCAGCAGUUGAUGGAUGCCCAGAGAAGUGCCAACGAGGCCCUCUAUGAGACGGACACCCGCAUGUUCAUACACAGGUUCAUGCUAAUCGAAGAAGCACUCAGAAAGGUUGUCGAGAGUAACGUGCCUUCAAAUGUCCCCUCAAAAGCACCACUCAACACCAGGCGCCUCCAGACAGGCCUCAAAACCCAAGACUUCCGUGGAGAAAUGAUUCGCCUCUUGGAGUCCCUCAACAUUGUUCUGGACCCCCUGGACCUCACCUUUAAUGUCAUCACUGCACACCCAACCCUGAUCAUGUCCAAUGACCUUCGCACUGUCAAGUACAGCCCCAGCAAGCAGCCGUACCCUGAGCACCCUGAGCGUUUUACAAGUGCACCUCAGGUUCUCUGCAGCCAGGGUUUCUCAAGUGGCGAGCAUGUGUGGGUGGUAGAGGUGGGGCCCAACUGCAUGUGGUCAAUUGGGGUGUGUUACAAAAACAUCCCUCGUCGUGGUGACCACAGUCGCCUGGGACACAACUCAGUGUCCUGGCGGCUGCAGUGGAAAAAUGGCAAACUGACAGUGUGCCAGUGCUCCUGUAAUGUAGUUCUGGGUGAAGUUGCCCACCAGCCCCUGAGGAUUGAGGUGGCACUGGACUAUGAGAGGGGAACACUUUCAUUCCAUAGCAUCAAAGGGCGCAGAGAGCACCUUCAUACCUUUAGGGUUGUGUUUAGGGAGAUGGUUUAUCCAGCGUUCAGUAUUCACUCCAACACCCCGGAGUCCUGGAUCACACUGCAUAAUGGGUUGUAACUACACGUAACUGUCUGUUUUCAAGACUUGUUUUGUUGUUUUGUCCUCACCCAGAGGAUAAUUAUAAGAAAUAUUAUGAAAGCAAAUCUACUUGGUGGCUCUAAAAACUAUAUUUUUAAAAAUUGAUGUGUUUGUAGAAUGAACACACUGUAAUCCUGCUGUCACCUAACUGGGCUUUAAUUAAUUUGAAGGAGCACCUUAAUUUGAAGACUGACAUAAUUUUCAUAUGGACAAAAUAUGUAUACAUGGAAAAUUGAUGAUUGUUUUUUGUUCUUUUGCACUGUAAUAAUCUGUACUGUAUAUAAGGCUGAAGGCUGGUGUAAUAAUUGUACUGUAAUUAUAUUUGAUACUAAUAAUUAUAAGAAUAAUAUCAUUUUCAUUUAUGGGAUUAAAAAAUCAUGUCAUUUUUAAGGUUUUCUGAUGAUUUUUAAAGUUUGAAAAAUAUGUAAAUUAAAUGACAUUUUUAUGGUCGUGGAGGAAGUUCUCAUAUUAACACAAAAAUAAAAAGUAAAACC